GAAAGAAUGAAAUUGAAUGGGCCGUGGUGGGCCGUGCAGCACAUAAUAGCGUGUGGUGGUCGGAGAGAAGAACGGGAUGGAGUGCGCGGCGAAGGGGAGCGGAGGAAGGUGCGGCGGCAGCGGCAGCGGCGGUGCCACAAGACUCUGCGCUCGCUGCGAAGCCGUUGCAUAUUGCUCUCUCUCUCACCAGAUUGCACACUGGAGUCGUCACAAACACGAGUGCGAUAGGUUGCAACAGCAAUUGAAGAGUGUCGAAGUCCUCAAUAAUUUUCCCUUCACUUUCUCUCGCGAAUCCACGUUUCAGGUUUGUGUGAAGCAGGAAACUAGGUGUUCAUUUUUUAGCAAGAGAGGCCUUCAUCAAGUGGGAAUGUGGAUGCAUGAAUGCCAUUGUGGAGCAUCAUCUACUUCAUUUGAUUGUUUAGGGUUAAACAAUGGUUGGGAUCUCCCAAGUAGUUUAUGUCCCUGUUGUGAGCCUAGCUCUCCGGUAUCAGAGCAGUUGCAUUGUUGGAGAGACUACUAUAAGUGGAGAUGCAUCCCGCUAGACUCGCCUGUUGCUUUGCUUCUUCAAUGGCCACUUACAAUAUAUCAUGCUGCUCGACUUGUUGGAAUUACAGCCUUGAAUCCUGAAAUCAGUGAUAAGUUGUACAUUCAUUACCUUGGACCUGAGAAAGAGUUGCUACAACUUGCUGUGUUUGGAGAAUUACUGGCACUCUUCCCCGGUGUACGAAUUCAUAUAGAACUUGUUGGACCUGCAAUUCCUCCUCAAAGGGAUGGUGAGAUGAUUCACAUUUCUAAGUAUCCUUGUUGCAAUGAAGACGAAUGUGAAUGCAAAAUAGGAAGUAAAAAUACAUUCUUAGAAACACAAUCUGGUAUCACUUCCACUUUGACAUUGCAACUUUGGCAAGGAUUCUAUCAUGAUCGAUAUAGAGAUAUUGUUAAGGAUUCCUUUCCUCACCUAAUAAUUGCUCCAAAUGGUGGCAUUGCUGCUUAUUCCAGUUGGUUACCAAGUAUUGAGUUAAUUAAAAAGAUUGAUGUCCCAGUUGUUUUUACUGAUUAUUGUGAAGAAGCUUGUCAUCUUGCAGCCAAUUGCAUUAAGACUGUAACUGGAAGUCCUCUUAAAUUGCCUGUUCAGUUAAAUCCUUUCAGACAGCCCAUGGCUGUGGAAGACAGCGUGCUGUUGCUUCCCUGCUACUCGAAUUGUUAUCUUUUUGGGAUGUAAAGAGAAUACUCAUAAUAUCUUCAGCCACUAUAUAGUCAGAACAACUAAGCUAAUUGUAUCAAAAGCAAAUGAUUGCUUUAUCAAAUAUGAAUGAAAGAAAUAGUUGGUAAAUAACAAUAGCAAGCUUUGCAAAUAUGUUUCCCUGAACCAAUACAGACCUGUGUGUUGGGUCAUUUGCAUCACGUGCUACUGCCGCUUCAAUCAUUCUAAACAUUUCACUCUGCUUAA